CAUCAUCAAACUUGACGUGAUGUUGACAAUUAACGCAAGAGCAGGGUUAUUAUAAAAUUACGCAAAUCGACACAGACCUGGGACAAACUACAUUCUUCGGAGCGCAUCUUCAUUGGUUGGUGUCUAAAGAGAAUGGUCUUCCUCAGUCUUCACUGGUAAGGGCUGGAGCAAGUCCUGCAAUACCGAUGAUAGACGUCUCUGUGAAUCGGUUGGUUCUGCGAGCCCUUUCAUUCUCUUCGCGUCCGCCGCUCCAGCAACAUCGCUCAAUAGAAGAUCUCACUCAUUUCUUUCUACUGGACAACACUCGACUAAAAAAACCUGACAACAAAGUCUUCAAUUCUUUGGUCGAGCACUCAACUCUCUUCAUCAUCUCAUUCGGAGAAUAUUUCAGAAUAUCAAAGUCGGAAAACAAUUUCCAUCGCUUCCCGUAAUAAUUUGUCACAUUGUGAUACAACAAAAUUGUGUGAAUUUUGUCAACUGGAAACUUGGAAGCGUUCGAGGACUUACUUUUCAAUCGGAAUACAUUUGGAUCAAGCUUUCAGAAUCUGUGGGCAUCUCAACUAUCUUUCCGAAUUUCUGGAUCUUCGAAAUAUUGUGCAACUGAUUCACCAGAAUUGCGUUUGGGCUUUAAAUUGGAUAUUUUAAUUGGAAUUUAACAACAUCUUCGAUUUAAUCAAGUGCUUAAACUCAAGUCGUCUCUGAGAGAGUUGAAAUUUGACCAUCUGGAUGUUUGCGAAUUAGUAAUUUUUUGGUUGUUGCUUUUUAAAACUAAUUUUGUUGACUUCGAGGACAAGAGUGAGACAGCAAAAUGCAGACGACUUUGUUGCAUAUUAUUCUGACGUCAUUAUUUUUCCUCCACACGUGUGUCAUCUGUGGCCACGCUAGCAAAUGGUUAGCGAUCUUCAACAUGCAAGCACUUGGUAUCAGUACCAUCAAAUCACCGGACAACUGCGAAGAGUUACCAGGACUAGUUAACAAACAAAUACAGAUCUGCAAACGAAACCUUGAAGUGAUGGACAGUGUUAGUCUUGGCGCUAACCUUGCUAUUCAAGAAUGCCAGACUCAGUUUGCCAACAGGAGGUGGAACUGCUCGACAGUCGAUGGGUCGGUGUUCGGGCACGUGCUCGAUAACGGCACACGGGAAGCAGCCUUCGUGAAUGCCAUCUCGGCCGCCGGCGUGGCCCAUGCGGUGACGAGGGGCUGCAGUAGUGGAGAACUGGAGAAAUGUGGCUGUGAUCGGACGGUAGGAGGCAACAGCGCAGACGGGUUUGUCUGGGCAGGCUGUUCAGACAAUGUCGCUUACGGCGUCCAAUUCUCACAAACUUUCGUGGAUGCCAUGGAAAGAAAAACCCGUGCUACCCUUGAACGAAGACUGAUGAACUUGCACAAUAACGAAGCUGGAAGAAGAACAAUCGAAGACAACAUGCGGAUGGAGUGCAAGUGUCACGGCGUGUCCGGUUCUUGUGAGAUGAAAACGUGCUGGAAAUCGAUGCCGACCUUCGGCGACAUCGGCUACGUCCUCAAAGAGAAGUUCGACGGUGCCACAGAAGUCCAGUCCCUGAAGAUCGGAUCCAGACAGCAGUUGGUCCCUCGCAACGCGGAUUUCAAGCCUCAUACCAGCUCGGACCUGGUCUAUCUUGUGCCAUCCCCUGAUUUUUGCGAAGAGGACUUGAAGCUGGGAUCACUGGGUACCCACGGACGGCGCUGUAACAAGACGUCAAAAGCCAUCGAUGGCUGCGAGCUCAUGUGCUGUGGUCGAGGUUUCAACACUCAUAUCGAAGAGGUGGUCGAACGAUGUAGCUGCAAGUUCCAUUGGUGUUGCUACGUCAAGUGUCGGAAUUGCCACCGGACUGUCGAAGUGCAUACGUGUAAAUGAGCGUGUGGGACCGAACUCGAGCACGGCGCCGCGUACUGCAUCUUAUCGUGCGUGCGCGUGUGCACGUACGUCAACUCUCGACGAAACACGGUGAUUGUGAUUGGACAAUAUUGAUCAUCACGUGACGAACUCUCGUAACAGAUUUUUUUCAAAACAGUAUUCCAUUUCAAGCAAGCGAGUUUUCCUGGCACAAAAUGGUAGACAGCAUGGCCCUGAGUAGCUGGGGUGCUUCACCCCCUAGAUCUUCCUUGGGGGUGCUGCGUGUAUUAUUUCCCAUAUGCAGCACCCCUGGAAUUCUGGUUGGUGUUAAAACAAAAAGAGAAAUGUUAGCAAAACGAAAACCUUUUGUUUGUUUUGUUUGCUUGUCAAAUUUACAUCAGCAACCUCAGUCAAGAAUUCGUUCCCAGGGCCCUGACGGUAAAACGUUUUGGCUGGACACUUCAGGAUUAUUAUUUUUUUUUUACCAAUGUCAUUGCUUCGAAAAUAAUUUAUUGAAAAGAACUUUAUUGUUCCAUUGCUCCUAAGUUGUGUUAAGCAUUCAAACAAGAAGAAAUUUAGGCCUUAAGACAUCUCUGAAUGCACAAGUAAAA